UCUCCACGUCACAUUAUGUGACAUUAAUCGUAUCUGCAUGUAAAAAAUUGACGUUCCAGAUUGUUUGACGCCGAUUCAUGAAUAGCAAGAUGUGAAGCUGGACACGCACUGUAUAUUGGAUAUCAAAGUGUUUAGUUCAUUUUUACAUCCGAAACGGAUUAUACUCGUCAAGAUGUGAAACUAUACUUUGGUCGGCCAUUUUCAAGAAAUUCUGUUUGGAAUCGCCAAUAAUAUUGUUUAUGUAUAUCUGAACCUGUCAACAUGGAUCCACCAAAGAAUGGUAUCUAUAUUAUACAGGGAGAAAUCUCCCUGGUGGUCACUGCAAUGCGACGGUCAUCUCGCUGGUCAUCACACAACCUUCAAGAUGAGGAGGCUGAUCCUUUACUUGGUGCCUUCUCACAACUUAAAGAUGUUUUGAAUAAUAUAACAGAUUUGGACGAGAUUGAGCCCAAUGCAUUCCUCGGACCGUUUUUAGAUGUGAUACGAUCUGAAGACACAACUGGGCCAAUCACAGGACUUGCUCUAACUUCGGUUAACAAACUUCUAUCCUAUGGACUCCUUGAAGCCACCAUAGAUUCAACUCCAGCAGCUGUAGAAAACAUAGCGGAUGCAGUCACUCAUGCCCGGUUUGUAGGGACCGAUCCUGGAUCUGACGAAGUUGUACUCAUGAAAAUUUUACAUGUACUACGGACACUAUUGCUCUCACCAGUGGGUGUCCUUCUUACCAACGAAUCUGUGUGUGAAAUUAUGCAGUCCUGCUUCCGAAUCUGCUUUGAGAUGAGGCUUAGUGAACUCCUGAGAAAAUCUGCGGAACAUACUUUAAUGGACAUGGUUCAGCUGCUCUUCUCCCGCUUACCUCAGUUUAAAGAGGACCCCAAGUGGGUGGCUAGUAUGAAAAUGUUAAAGAUGAGAACAGGGGGAGUUGACCCCUCGAGGCACGUCAGGAAGAAAAGAUCGCCCCGCCCCAGACAGAAGCGUACCUCUCCAAAACCCAGCCUACAGCCUGGAGGUCCGGACAGAACAGAGAGCGGGGCAGCUGAGGCAAUUAACUAUGUAAACGCCCCCAGGGAGAGGCUCGCUACUACUCCUGGUACCCCCGGGGAUGAGGGGAUCAUUGACAUAUCCAAACAGUUCCAGGAUGCAUCUGAGAGAGAGAGACAGGAUAUGGAAAGUGAAAAUGUUGAAACUCUCCAGGCAACAGAUGAAGAUAAGCCACCUCCAGGAGAGGAGAGCUCGGAACAAGGGGAAGAACAAAUCGAGAGCUCAGCUCCUCAUGUCACACUGUCUGUACCCGAAGAGGAAGAAAUGGUAUACAACCGAAAGUGGAGUGAACCGGAGCUGUACAAUGAAGAAGGAGACCAAGUCAGUCUGGUGUCAGAGGCUGGAGACGACAGCGAAUCGGUACAGUCUGCUGCAGAUGUGUCGGACAGUGCGGCCCAGGACGACUAUGUAAACCCUCGGGGUGUAAGAUUCACACCCCAUCAGUCCAGAGAAGGAUCUGCCCCUUUGAUUCCGUAUGGUCUGCCGUGCGUUAGGGAGCUGUUCCGGUUCCUGAUUUCCCUGACCAAUCCAAUUGACCGUCACAACACAGAUGUUAUGAUCCACAUGGGACUGAGUCUUCUGACCGUGGCCUUUGAGUCCGGAGCUGACCACAUCGGACAAUAUAACUCCCUAUUGUUCCUGGUCAAGGAUGAAAUGUGUCGACACCUCUUUCUGCUGUUACAGUCGGAGAGGUUGUCUCUGUUUUCUGCCUCCCUGCGUGUAUGCUUCCUUGUGUUUGAGUCCAUUAGAAGCCACCUGAAGUUGCAGCUGGAGAUGUACCUGACAAAACUCACAGAUAUCAUUAUUUCCGAGUCUCCGAGAAUAUCCUUUGAAAUCCGUGAGAUCGCUCUGGAAUCUAUUGUUCAGCUCUGGAGGAUUCCCGGCCUGGUCACGGAGCUCUAUCUGAAUUACGACUGUGAUCUUUACUGUUCCAAUCUGUUUGAGGAUCUCACAAAAUUACUUUCCAAGAAUGCAUUCCCUGUGCAAGGCCUAUUCUCCACCCACCUGUUGUCGCUGGACGCUUUACUGACCGUAGUGGACAGCAUCGAACAGCACUGUCACAGCCGCAUACUGACCACAACAAAGAAAGCCACGGACACAGAGGUCAAGGUCACAGAGGAAACCAGUGAAGGUGAUAAGACAGAAGAGACUCCCCCUGUUGAGGGUACAGAACAGACCAAACCAAGUGCACCCUUGCUAGGGCCCCCCACGUCGGGAUACGCCAUGGGGCAGAGAAUUCUGCAGUCAAAAGAACAGACCCCAUCAGAUGCACUAAAACCUGUCAAAGUGAAGGAUAUGGGGAGACGGGGUCCACAGAUACGACCAAACAGGAUGAAGGCGUCGGUCAAGAUUCCGGGGACAGAAGAAUUGUCCACAGUCAAACACAAGAAAAAGGUUUAUUAUACAGGCACAGAACAAUUUAACCAGAAACCCUCUAAAGGUAUCGCCUUCCUCCAGGAACAGAACCUGUUGAGUACCCCACUCGACCCGGGAGAGGUCAUCACCUUCCUAAAGGAAAACCCACGCCUAGACAAGGCCAUGAUUGGCGAGUAUAUUGCCAAAAAGGCAAACGCCAAAGUCUUGGAAGCCUUUGUCAAGUCGUUUAACUUUGAAGACUUGCGUGUAGACGAGGCUUUGAGGAUGUACCUGGAAGCAUUCCGUCUACCUGGAGAGGCCCCAGUCAUUUCCUACCUCAUUGAGCAUUUCUCAGACCAUUGGCAUAAAAGCAAUGCAGAGCCAUUCGUCAACGUUGAUGCUGCGUUCACACUCACCUAUGCUGUGAUAAUGCUCAACGUCGAUCAACACAACCACAACGCCAAAAAACAAAACGUUCCCAUGACUGUGGAGCAAUUUAAGAAGAACUUGAAAGACUGUAACGGUGGGAUCGAGUUUGAUCAUGACAUGUUGGAGGAGAUUUAUAAUGCAAUCAAAAACGAUGAAAUUGUGAUGCCGGCAGAACACACAGGUCUAGUCCGGGAGAAUUAUCUGUGGAAGGUACUUCUUCGGCGUGGUACUACAAAAGACGGAAUGUUUGUUCAUGUGCCUUCCGGAGCCUUCGACCAUGACCUUUUCUCUCUCAUAUGGGGCCCCACUGUCGCAGCACUGUCAUUUGUGUUUGAUAAGAGCGGCGAUGAGACGAUUAUACAGAAAGCUAUCGCAGGAUUUAGGAAAUGUGCCAUGAUUUCAGCACACUAUGGAAUGAGUGACGUGUUUGAUAAUCUAGUCAUAUCUCUGUGCAAGUUUACGACACUUCUCAGCUCCGUCGAGAGCCCUGAGAAUUUACCAAUUGUGUUCGGAGGCAACCUAAAAGCCCAACUGGCGGCAAGAACAGUGUUCGGUCUGGCCCAUCGUCAUGGCGACAUUCUACGCGAAGGCUGGAAAAACAUAAUGGACUGUAUGCUACAGUUGUAUCGUGCCAAACUUUUACCCAAAGGUCUAAUAGAGGUGGAAGAUUUUGUUGAUUCCACGGGGAAAAUCAGUAUAAUUAAAGAGGAGGCUGCCACUAACCAAAGAUCGGAGAGUGGCGUAUUAAGUAGUUUCUACUCCUACUUCACAUCCGAGUCACAAAAUACGAAAGGUCCGACACCAGAAGAACAAGAGGCUAGUCGACAGGCCCAGAACUGUAUCCGCGACUGUCACCUAGAACAACUUAUCACAGAAAGCAAGUUUCUACGCGAGGAUUCUCUACAGGAGCUGAUAAAGGCGAUGAUCUUUGCCUCCCAGGGUCCAGAGGCCCAUCAUUCCAUGGGAACUGUAUUUGAUGAAGAUGCAUCUGUAUUUUUCCUCGAACUUCUAGUAAAAGUCGUGCUACAAAACAGGGAUAGAGUAACUCCGGUUUGGCAGGGAGUUCGGGACCAUAUAUACAAUUUAACUGUGAAUGCUGGCGAUCAUACAUUCCUAGUGGAGCGAGCUGUUGUUGGAAUUCUAAGACUGUCAAUCCGACUUUUACGUCGCGAGGAUAUUGCUUCUCAGGUUUUAACCUCCCUACGUAUACUGUUGAUGAUGAAACCAAGUGUCAUUCACAAUGUGGCGCGCCAAGUAUCGUUUGCGCUUCAUGAACUUUUACGGACUAAUGCGGCCAAUAUACACACGGCCCAGGAUUGGUAUACUCUUUUUAUGCUGCUGGAGGUGGUUGGUGCGGGAGCGAACCCUCCGCCUAUACUACAGACGCACGCUGAACGGGAACUCCCGGACGCUCUCUCCGAUGCUGGUGCCCAGAGUGAUAGCGAGGUGCCGAGCGGGUCAAAUCUAACCGAUGGCUACCUAGAAAGGGGCUAUACUUCGGACAGUGAACUGUACGAAUCUCAAAGCAAGAACCAUCGCAGUCCGUCCCCACUCGAGGUCAGACCGGUCCCUGAGAAUGGAAGUUGGCUCUUGGUGAACAAAGAGAGUCAGAAUCUAGGGAAGGAGGAGGAAGCAGUUCCAAAAGUCCAGCCCCUCUCCAACCAGUAUACUAUAGAACUUCCGGAGGAACUCUGUUACUGUGAUAGCAAGUCUCUCAUCAAGUCCUCGGAGACACUCUCCUUCUUGGUACGCGAUGCGGCUCACGUCACGCCACUCAACUUCGAGAGCUGCGUCCAUGCCAUUCGCUCAUUUGUGGAAGCCAGUAUCAAUGGAGGACGUCAGCGGACUUCAGCACCUGUGAGGCACACAAAACACGGGAAAGUACCCCAUAAAGUGUCCAAAUCUAAAAAGGAACAAGAUAAAAUGAAGCGUUCACACUCGUCGCCAACACACCUACACAAUAUGGUCUCCUCUGAUGAUGAGGGGGAGGGAGAAUCAACAGCCGCUGGCCUUCACUCGCUGUCAAUCCAGCUGUUGGAUUUAAUGCACACCCUCCACACUCGGGCCGCCUCCAUUUACACGUCCUGGGCCAAGGAGGAUCAUUCUUCCGAGGAGUGUGAGGCGUUCGAUGCUGGUCACAGUUCUCUGUGGGUCAGGUGUUGGUGCCCUCUACUCCAAGGAAUUGCCCGUCUGUGUUGUGAUACCCGGCGACAGGUUCGUAGUCAAGCUUUAACAUACCUACAGAGGGCGCUACUGGUACACGAUCUUCAAACACUAUCAGCAGCAGAAUGGGAGGCAUGUUUUAACAAGGUGCUGUUUCCACUUCUGAGUAAGCUACUAGAGAAUAUCAACCAGCAGGAUCCGACCGGUAUGGAGGAGACACGCAUGCGGGCCUCGACACUCCUGUGCAAGGUGUUUCUGCAGCACCUAAGUCCACUUUUGUCCCUAAGUACCUUUACCGCACUCUGGCUGACCAUACUGGACUUCAUGGACAAGUACAUGCAUGCAGACAAGAGCGACCUCCUGCUGGAGGCGAUCCCUGAAUCACUGAAGAACAUGUUACUGGUGAUGGACACUGCGGGGAUUUUCCAGACCAUGGAUGGAACAGAGUCCCAACUGUGGAAACUCACCUGGGACAGAAUCGACACAUUCCUACCUCACCUGCGCCAGGAAUUGUUCAAGUCUCACCAAUCUGAAACAAAGAAAGUGAUUCAGACCCAGCCAUUGAGUGAGGUACCUACCCCCACCCCUACAGACGCUCCUGCUCCACCCCCGGGGACUGCACAGGAACCCCAGAGACAAGAGGAGGUACCCCUUGAGGGUGUAACGGUUGUGAAUAAUGACACAGGACUUCCUUCAGCUGGUCUGGAGCAUCACCCCCCGGGCACUCUGACCUACCCCUACUACCAACAAACACAACAGCCCUCCCCACCCUACUUGCUCCACACCCCCACUCCCCUCACAAACACGCCCCUCCUCCUCACAGAGACUGACGGGGGCACUGCGGCCAUGUCCAGGGUACCGCUGUUACUUAACCCAGAUAUAAUGCAGGGUACGCCCGUACCUUAUAUUUCUCCACAAAAAGCAACAGGAUUGAUGACAGAAAACCCGUGAUAAAUUCUCCGUCUCAUGCUAAAUCUACAGGAAUCUACCCUGUACACGACGUGUGAUACAUCUUAUGUGAUACAGAAUUCCAUUGGACAGAGAAUAUGUAACAAGACAUGCCAUUGGUCCACAUUUGGAAUCACAAUGACAAUGGCCAUAUGAAUUAUGGAAGACUAUCAAUAUCACAAGCAAAAUGUUACACAGCUUUUUAUUGGAUUCAUCAAUGACUUGUAACACACAACACCAUUGGCUAGUUAGCUGGUUAGAUUAAAUACUCUAUGAUUUCCAUUGGCCCAUAGAAAUUUCCCAUUCAUCGUGUAACAUGGGAUGCCAUUGGCUCAGUUUGAUGUUACACUGCUUUCCAUUGGCCUUUACAAAUCUUUGCCAAUGUACAAUUGGAAACUGUUGGAACAAUCAAAUGGAUUGAAGGCAAAGGGUUGUCUGCAUAAACAUUCAGAUCCAUGUUCCUUUGAAUUCUGCCAAUGGUUGAUAAGAGAUUUCUGUCUCAUUGAAUCAGGUUUCCUAUAAAACAGAGUUUACCAUUGGACAAUUUACCAGUUAUUCUUCCAAUCAGAGAAAAGCACUAAUUAAGCUGUAUGUGAUAUAUAACACUGCCAGCCAUUGGAUGAUAUAGACGUAAGGCUUUGUUAUUAUUUGGUUGGCAACGGUACAGCAUGGUGAUGAUGCUAUGUGUGAAUGAACGCCUAGAAGAUUGGUAUAUGUGUAUAUAACAAAGGACACAAUUGGGCAUGAGUGUCUGUCACAAGUCUUCUGAUUGGUUGAUACAAAUUUUAUUUCUACAUUUAAGACUAACAAACAAAUUUCUGUACAGAAAAUAUUAGCUUGUUUUAUUUGUCAGAAUAGAGUGCAACACUGCAUAUAUUUUGUUAGUGUCUGGUUGAUAUAUUAUAAAACAGUUCCUGAUUGGUUCUAUACAGAACAUAAAACAGUGUGUGAUUGGUCACUGUGUAUUUGAAAUGAGAGACAGCAUUUGAUUGGUCGAGAUAGAAUAGACAUUAUAAUUAUAGACUAUUUGAUUGGUCAAUGAAUGGAUUUUGAUUGGUCAAUGAAUGGAUUGUAAGGCAGAUGUUGAUUGAUAGAUAGACAAGCCCCAUGUCAUUUUCACAAUUGUCUGAAUUGAGAGAAUUUUCUCAAAAACAACACCUUUCAGCUCAAAGUUUAUAUUAACAGCUGUAUAUUAAUCAUGUAUUAUAUAAAAUAUUCCUGUAAAAUAAUUUAAUGAAUUUUCUAGUACCGGGUAUUAUUAUUCGUUUUUCUCUUGCAAAUAAAGGCAUAUCUUGUAAUUGUGAUGCAUUCUUGAAUUAAACUUUAUUAGCAUUGUUGAAACUCGCGCAGAUAUCUUCAAAUUGCAUUUGAAUAUACAUGUAGUAUUGGUGGAGAUGAAUUAGCUGGUUGUUCACUUGACAAGAAAAAAUUCUAAUACGAAGAAAAUUGUGGUGUUGUAUGAUUGUGAAAGAGUGGUAAGUGUUAAUUUUUUAGAGAGCUGGAUAUAAAUGUGUGUCACAGAUACAUUUCCAAAGCUGAAAUAAAGCAGACAAAUAUUAAUUGUUAACUUUUAAGCCACUGCUUUCAUUACGAGGUGCCAAUUUUAUUUUCCUUAGCUUUCCAAGUAUAAUUAAGUUUAUUAUCUGUUAAUAUAUCCCAUAUUAAAUAUGACGUAUAAAAAUCGAGUUAUGCGGAAUUUGUUUGUCCUAUGGAUGAAUAUACUUAUGUUCCUUAAAGGAGCUGUUUUUUUUCAUUUUUGUUUUGUUUUGUUUGUUUUCAUUUUUUUUUUUUUUUUUUUGAGAGGAGGGAGGUAUAUUGAUGAAAUUUUCGGUCAACAAAAAAAAUGAACUGGAUAUAAUUUUAGACAAAUAUACAGAUUUAAACCUGUGUUCUUAGGCAAUUGAGAUCAGAAUAUUUUCUGUAAAUGUCCACAUUUAUGGAAUUGACUAACUCCCCUAUUUUUUUUAGAUUUUAGUUAAUUAGAAUCUUAAUCAGUAAUUAAAAUUCAAAAUGUGUUAGCUUAAAAAAAGUAGUUAAAACGAACUUUUAACUUAGUUUAAAAAAGUAGUUAAAACCAUCUUUUAACUUUAGAUUAUUGUGGCUCUUUUUUCUGGCUUUUGGAGUUUCUGAGCGAUUGUUAAAUAAUGUAAACAGUGUCAGGAAAACUGAAUGUGGAGAAACUUGGUUUUUACCCAAAAUAUACAGCUAGAAGGGUGUAGAGUUUGAUGUAGUUGGAAUGGGAAGGGGUAAAGAAAUUCUUUGAGUAACCUGGAUAGCAAUGAAACAGAGUUCAUUUGUGAAUUAUUUUAAGAUAAAUUGUACAUUUGUAAACUAGAUAAUGCAUGUAAAUGUAAACAGAAGAGAAAGAUGUGGCUGAAGGAGAAAUUGAGCAAGCGUUGUUGGUGAAAAGGAGAACUUUGAUUUUUUGUAUGUACAAGAAGUUAUCUACAGAACUAUUUUACACAAUAAAUGUUCAACUGCUUGUAUAUAGAUCAGAUAAAUUAUUGUUGUUGACAGAAAAAAUUGUAAACAUGUUAAUUAUUAAUAUCAAUUAUUUUGAUUGUUUGUGUUGUGCAAUAUUUGAUUUUAUCAAAUUUUCCGGUAUUGCAAAAUUAUCCAUUUUCUUUUCAAUUUUUCGAUAUUAUAUUUUUUAGAAAUAUUUUAUCACAGUUUUCAAAUCUGCUUUUAUGGGCAAUUUUGAUAUUAACAUGAUAAAUCAAUCAGAUAAUUUCACUUACUUUGUUUGAAAUGGAUCGUCCGAAUAAAAAACAGAAACAGACGGGAUAAGAGUAUAACUGAGCUUAAAAUCCAACAUAAAUCUGGUGACAGUUUUAUGGAGGAAGUUAGUCUGGCAAAACAAAACAAAAUAUUUAGAUAUAAAUUUUGUAAUUUUAAAUAUGAUAAGUAAUUUCUAGAUUUAAAUGAAUAGAUAUAAGAAUUACAAAAUGUAAGAUUUUUGCAGUAUGAACAGAAUUUUAUUUUCGGGAAAAUUAAAACAACACUUCAAAAUUAUUUUUCAAAGUUUAAUGCACAUACAGUAUGUGUCAUAGCACAUACCAUUAGGAAAAAUUGUUAAAUUCUUACAGUUUUGAUUUGAAGUUUGUAUUGGAUUUGCAGUUUACAAUUUCUAAAAUGUCAUGGUUGUACAAUAUGAAUGUAUUCCAACGUCAGGGUAUUAGAAUAAGAAAUUAUUAUUUUCCGUAUCCGUAAUCCAACCCUUAGUGUUGUUACUCUUGGACAACUAACCCCUCACCAACAAUAUAUCUUCUUAUACAUUUCUGACAGUAAAAGUGCUUGUUACUCAUAAGUGUAGUCCAAACAUGCAGUCCACACUGAUAAUUACCGUAAUCAUUCGUUGGCCUUCCAUUUGGGGCCGCGGUGGCCGAGUGGUUAAGGUGUCCCAACACUUAUCACUAACCUUCCACCUCUGGGUUGCGAGUUUGAAACCUACGUGGGGCAGUUGCCAGGUACUGACCAUUGGCCGGUGGUUUUUCUCCGGGUACUCUGGGUUUCCUCUACCUCCAAACCUGGCAUGUCCUUAAAUGACCCUGGCUGUAAAUAGUACGAUAAACAAAAUAAAACCUAAAACCUGGACUUCCAUGUACUCUUUAAUAUAUAAAAUAAACCUGGUUUAAUUCAAAAUAAUGAAAAAAGAAAGUUUCAGAAAGGAAUAAUUCUAGAAAAUAAUUCUAGAAAAUUUAGCUUUUUCCAGUGGAGAAUUUCCCAAACCAUCUGACUGCUGCAAAGUGAUAAUUAACUUAUUGUGUACUUUACGGUAAUUGGUUUCCAAGAAAUACAUUCAUUGAAUGGCUGUCAGCAUGUUACUAUUUAUAGUUUCAUCACAUUGUCAUAUGUUUUGGAUAUAAAAACGGUUGUGUUCAUCUUGAGAUUUUAAUAUUAUGAACAUUAUCUAGUUUUGGUGCCGUAUUUAUCCACAGAUAAGCCCCCCUUUAAAAUUUUUGUAGAAUCAUCAAUUUUGAAAUGUUAAGUUAAAUAUGGCUCACAAAUAAAGGGCUUAUUUGAGGACAAACAUGAUAUCUGAUUACAUAACUGUUGAUUUGUAUUCGUGGGUAUUUUGUUCAUUUUAAAAUGUAAAAGAGACUAUCUAGGUUUUCCACCAUGUAAAAUGACAACCUUCACAAGUAGGAUAAUUUGAAAUUAAAAAUCUUUUUAAUCGACAUGUAAAUCAAUAUCAAUUUUAUUUUAAAUCUGUUGCAUCAUUAAAGUUAUGAUUUCUCUUUAAACUAAUUAAUAAUAAUUAUUACUUCAUUCAGCUUUGAUUGACAAAAUAUUGAUGCAAUUUUAAGGGCAUAUAAGUUUUAAGAUUUCUGUAUGUAUAUAUGUAAAAAAAAAAAAAUCCCAAAAACUGAAGUGUCUUUGUUCGGUUUAUACAGGUUUACUGUUCAGUAUAGACAGUUCAUCUUUACUCAGUUUAUUCAGGCAAGUACUCUUUAGUUGGUAGGUUUUACUGGUGAAUUAUUUUUCACAGGUGUUCAAUUUAGACAGGCUUCAGUGUUUAGUGUAGAUAGGAUGUCACAUGUUGGACCUAGUUAUUAAUGUCCAAUCAAACAGCUUAGACUGUUAAGUUAAGUUUAUGAUGCUUUAAUAAACAAACUUUACAUAUUUCUGCAUUCUGGCAAGAAUUUCUCUUAAUUCCAUUGAACUUGUUUAUUCUUUAACCUUUAACUUUGACCUAUUGUUGGGAAGCUGAAUGUUUAACCUUUGACCUCCCAGUUCAACUUUGACUUAUUGUAGGGAAGCUGAUUGUCCAUUGUUCUGAGGUCAAGCUGGCCCAUAAAAAUGUGUUGUAAUUCCUUACUAUUUAUUAUUGUUGAUGUUUUGUGUGUACCUGUGAUUCUUAAUAUGUGAUAUAUAUGUAUAUCAAAUAUUGCACUAUACCCAAUGUCCUGACAUUGAAAUAAAUUUCAAGGUCAAACUAC